CCCUCGCCGAGCGCGUUACAAAGGCAGGCGGACUGCCGACGCGAGUGGCAGGAUAGAGCGGCUAACAAAAAAAAGGGCAAGCGGCUAAAAAAAGGACGAAACAACCCAGGAUUUACGGAGCGAGUGCGAGACCACCUAAUGCUCAUUGAAAUUUACGAUUAUGCUGCGAAAUUAUUAAACAAUAUGACCGCCAGAGGAGUCAGGAAUUCAGUGGGAAAAGCAGGGAAAGCCGAAGCAGCCGAAGCAGCCGAGAGCCGUACUAAGGAAUCAACAGGGAAAUUGGGCAGCCUGCUUGGCCGCACACUGGCCAAAGUGGCCCGCUCCAAUCCCGCCCAGCACGUGACCAAUCUGCCCGUUUCCGCACUCCUGCUCCAGGCCCUCGACGUGGCGGACGUGGCCCGCGGACAGGGAAUCGAUUAUCCCAUCACUAGCACCACCAGCAUCAGCACCACCUUCAACACCACCAACACCACCACCACGGGCAGUGACCCAACGGAUGUGCUUGGCGGUCAGCCGCCGGCGUUCUCAUUUCCCGCCAACGUCACUGGAGCAUCGGGAAGUGCGGGGGAUGCGGACGCAUACCUGCCCACGGGCAAUCUCAGCGGUUUCAUCGAAUCCUCAACGACGGCGGUGAUGAGCACACUGCCCAUUCCGCUGCCAAUCCCCAGCAGCACCAUGGCCACGCUCCAGGCCCAAACGGUGGCCACCUUCAUCGCCGCCACCGGCAGCAAGAAUCGCCCAACGACCAUCGUUGUCUACCCAACGGUUUCACCCGAGUCGAUUGUCAUCCCGAUCGUCUCCUGUAUCUUCGGCUUCCCCAUCCUGGCGCUCCUGGUGAUCUGUUGCCUGCGAAGGAGGGCCAAGUUGGCCAGGGAGAGGGACAGGAGGCGGAACUACGAUAUGCAGGACCAUGCCGUCAGCCUGGUCAGAUUUAGUCCAAUACAUAGGCUUAAUUACCGAUCGUCGCGAGCUAUCAGUCUACGUCCUGAACGAAGCCUAAGCCAGGGCUUCACCUCUCUGGAGCUGGACACUGUGCUGGAGGAGCGCUGCAGCGACGUGGAGCAAACGCAGACGGAGAUGUUCAACGCGGAGUCGCCGAUGGACACCACCUCCUACAAGAUGUCCUUCUCCUCGAGCUAACAGUUAGCCAAACAGCAGCAACUGGAGCAGGCAUCGCCCCAGGCCGAGAUCCGAGAUCCCCAAGCAGAGCGCCAGGAGCCGGAUCUUAAGGUUCCGCCGGCCAGGUCGCCGUCACAGCUGGCUCCACCGCCACAGCUGCGCAAGACGGCCAGUGUGCGCGACGAUCCUGCUGGUCUGGCCAAGCGGCGAAGCCGCCUCCAGGAGAUCCGGGCUGCCAGCAGCAGUGCAGGUGGUGGUGGUGGCGGCGAGGCAGCUGCCGCCUUCACCAAGCGGGAAUCGAAGCGGGAUCGUCGACGUGGAGGCGGAGCAGUAGCAGCAGCAGCAGCAGGAAGUGGUAGCAGCGGCAGUGGAUCCCAGUCGCCCACCAUGCGCAAGUCGCAUUCACUGGACGCCGCCGAGAGCUACUCGUUGGCCAGCAUCCAGGCUCCGCUCUGGGUGACCCUCACCAAUGCCCGCACCAUCGAUGAGCUGGCCCAGCAGAAGAUGUGAGCUCCAGUUGCAUCUGCAUCUCCAUCAGAUUUCUUCAGUUAGCAAACCUCCGACAGUGUCUACAGAGCCCCGCCCACUUAGAAAUCGUGUAAAUGUUUAGAUGAAUUUCAAAUUAGUCACAUUACCGACACAAACGAGCUACUUGCAUCAAUAACUAAAGCUAAACCAAUUUAAUGAAGUUAAAGACCAAACAGAAAUAGUAAAACAAAGCUAAUAAUAAAGUGUAAAAAAUUUAAAUUCACCUAAAA